UCGACUUGAGGUUACUACAGAAGGGUUAUAGUCACCCGCUGCGGACGCAGGCAAUGUUUCACACCAUUCGUUGUCAAUUGUCACGCACCGACACUCCAAAAAGUGCUUCUUCGGGCAAAGGGAGCCUUUGGGGGCAUGAUGGCCGAGGAGAGCAGGGGCAAACGAAGGAAGCAAGCGAACCCGAGAAGGAAUCAAGUGGACAUUGAGGAGGCCAGUUCGCUGGGCUCGGAGGGGAAGAAUGAUGAUAAGGUGGGUUUGUGGAGCCUAGAGGUCCAAGACUAUCAGGACAGCCUGGACCAGACCAGUCUGACCCCCAGCGAGGGAGAGGGUGACGGGGAGGGGACUGAGCCAGCAGGCAGCCCCAGCCCUAGGGGUCUCUCAACUCGGCCCCACAACCUAAGCCUCAGCCCCAGCCCCAGCCCCAGAGGGGGCCACUGGGCAGAGGGGGCAGAGGAGGAGGAGAGCCCUGGGAGUGGGCUAACCAUGGAGGACAAGGAUGGAGAGAGGGAGCAGGGAUCACUCAAGACCUAUACAGGUCACAGGUCAGACAGUCAGGCCCUGGAGGACAUGGCCCACUAUGACUUCCUGGUGCAGCUGAGAAAGGCAUCCUCCCACCACCCUGCCUCCCACCACUACCACCAGCACCAUCAGCCCCCUAACGGCAGCGCUACAGCCCCAGCCAUGUAUCACCCUGGCAGCCUGAACCUUCACGAUGACCCCCUUCCCAUCUGGUCUCCUGGGAUGCAGCGCUCACCUGAGGGACAAGAUGGCAUCCCUCUGAGUCCGGAUGCUAUGAGGAACCUUCAGGCAUGUCCUUUCUGCCAGCGCACCUACCACCUCGGUGCGUCUCUACGCGAGCACAUCAAGUUCUGCCAUGAGCGGGACGGGGGGCACAUGGUGUGCCCGGUCUGUGGGUACACUCCCCGCUAUAGGGCACAGAUGGAACAACACAUGGCACUGCACAGUCAGGUAGAGGAUAAGCACCCUGGGUCCGACCAUGGCAUAGAGAGCAGGAAGUUCAAGUGUCUUCAGUGUGGGAAAGCCUUCAAGUACAAACACCAUCUCAAGGAGCACCUCCGCAUCCACAGUGGUGAGAAACCGUACGAGUGCUCCAAUUGCAAGAAGCGUUUCUCUCACUCUGGCUCCUACAGCUCACACCUCAGCAGUAAGAAGUGCCUGACCGGAGGAGGAGGAGGCAGCGGAGGAGGAGGAGAGGGGAGCUAUAACAACGGACAUGGCCACCAUGGGGCCUACUACUCCUCCCUUGCGUCGCCCUCUGCCGGUAGUGGAAGGAACAGCAGUAGGAUGGGAUCUCCAUACCUUCCCCACACCCAGGAGGAACGUCCUCCAAUGGGGUUAGAGAGGAACCUGUAUCUCCCUAGAGACCAUGGUACGCGUCUCCUCCGGGUCCAGGAGCUAGGCUGGGAGUUGGGCCGGCGGUGGGACCCCACGCCGGAACGCUUUCUCCAGGCCAGUGUGUUCAAGGAGUCCACCCUGCUGCCGUACCUCCAUGCCGGCACCGGGGAAAGGUUUGAGCAGAUGCUGCAGGCGAUGCUGCACAGGGAGGAGGGAGGGUCUGGCUCAGCCAGGGAGGAAGGAAGACUGGGGGUUCACAAUGGCGGGAGAGAAGGGAAGGCAUCACCGGAGGCUCUGUUGAAACUAAAACGCGACCGUUCCGGCUCGGGUGAUGGCCAGGGGGUAAGUGGAGGGGUAACAUGUCGUUGGUGCUCCCAGCUCUUUCCCAGCCCCGCCAUCUUACUCCAGCACGAGCGCUACCUCUGUAAGAUUUACCGAGAGGCCAAGGAGGUGUCUGAGGAUCCUCACAGUAAAAAACACCUCUCCCUCUACUUCUCCACCAGACCCCCUCUCCACCCACCACCAUCACCAGAUAACCACAAACCCCCUGCGAUGACCAACGGUUUCCCGAAAGACAAGUCUCCUCUCCAGAGACCCAGCUGGAACUCUGUCCCUCAGCAGCUGCUGGUUGCCAUGCACUCCCCCUUCCCGCCCAGCCCAGACUCACUUGCCAUGAGGUCCCAUUGGUCCAGCCAGGAGAGUGGCAGGAGUGACGGCAGCCCUGGCCAACCAGCACCAACCAGCCCUGCUACAGACAUGUCAUCCCCUCCCCCAUUGGGGCGAAGACGGGUCCCCUCUUCAGGGUUCGGCUCGCACCUCUGCCUGGACCUGUCCUCUGCCAUCCUCAACACUCCUGCAAGCCGAGCCGCCCCCCAGGGAAGGACCCAUCAGUCAUAUAGCUCUGAGAAUGACCAACCCCUGGAUCUCUCCCUCCCCAAGCCCCAGGAGGGGAAAGCCAUAGAGGACAGCAAGCCCUAUAAUGGACACCCUCACUGGGAAGAGAAGAGACAGAAGACCCAGAGAGACCAGGCAGAGAACCAGCACCACCGGAGGCUGAGUGUCAAUCUCAGUCCACCUCCUCACCAGCAUCAUGCAGUCUACAGCGGCGCUCAUAUUGUCGGGGGUUCCAUCUACAGUGCCUACCCUCUGUUUAACCCUAUGAUGCCUGCUGGGCUAGCUGGCUCAGAGCAUGAUGGGGUUCCCUCCCUGCCCCUCAGCCGUCCAGUUAGCAACCAGGGAUUCCUCUCACCCAUGACCUACAUGAUGGAGUCAGACACAGACGCUGUGCUGAAGAGGAUCCACCAGGAGAGACGAGCAUUAAUGGGUGAGGUGAUUGGCCGCAGGGGUCUGGACUACCUCUCUCUGAUACAGGAGGGAGGAGAGGGCGAGGGGGGGCCAGGGAGGAAGAGACUACAGAAGACAGGCGAAGGCCUGUACGCUUGUGACAUCUGUGACAAAACCUUCCAGAAGAGCAGCUCUCUGCUCCGACACAAGUACGAACACACAGGUAAGCGUCCUCACGAGUGCAAGAUCUGCAAGAAGGCCUUCAAGCACAAGCACCAUUUAAUUGAACACAGCCGCCUGCACUCUGGAGAGAAGCCCUACCAGUGUGACAAGUGUGGCAAACGCUUCUCCCACUCAGGCUCCUACUCCCAACACAUGAACCAUCGGUAUGCCUACUGCAGCCUGCACCAGGACCAGGAGGGGGGUGAGGAGCUUCCUCUAACCCCAGGAGGGCCCACCGAUGUGGGCCACAUGGCCGUGGACACCCCCCUUUCCAUGGAGGACACCCCAACAUUUCUUAGUGACUCCAGUCUAGAUGGGGGGAUAGAAGGGAGAGUAGAUGAAGAGGAGGAAGAAGAGGAGCACGAGACAGAAGAGACUGAAGGCGGACGUAUGAAGGAGGCAUGUAGUUUGUCAGGGUCAAGGUCUGGUGAGGGAUUGGGGCCGAGCCCCAGUCUGGUACAGGGGUCCCCUGUGGGGAGGGACAGAGAGAGAGAACAGAGGGAGAGAGACAAAGAGCAGAUCGACAGACACAAUGAAGAGAGAGAGAGUGCUGGUCUAGGGACUCACGGACUAGAGACCAACCAUCACUGGGACAAAGACACAUUGGAACGAAAUGGAGACCAGAACACAGACACAUACGAGCUGAGCCCGGAAGCUCCAGUGUCAAAACUCUAGUGUCAUAACAGUGGACAAGUGUGCCAAAACAAUGCAUCAAAACAUGUACAAAUAAGGAUUAAGAGCUGUGUGAAAAUAUAUUUUUAAAAUGCACUGUUCAAAAUAUAGCAAAACUUAUACUGUACAGGUACAGUAAGUGACUUCCAAUGCAAAGCCAUAUGAACACAACCAAAAUAAGAACCACAUGAACUGACAGCAUAACACAAAGUGCAUAGUAAGAGCCAUGGGUAUGAUAUUCACGCUGGUCGGUAUGUUAGCAUGCUCAAUGUUGACCACUACAUAUCUGUCAUCACAGCUACCAGUUGACCACUUACGACUGGUAAAGGAGUAUGCACUGCAAGGUGAUGUUGUUCAUGUUGUUCUGUAGCAAGCAGUGUUGUUCAAUGUGUUUCCAGUUGCCUUAUCAGUAUAAUACAGUAUUUUUUAUUUGGCAAUACAAGUAUUCACCUUUGAAGGUUUUUAUAUCAGAUUUUACAUCAUAUUCUCCAAAGACCAAGAGGUCUCUACUGUAUCAAACAAUUGACCUCUGUGCUUUAAAAUGAAUAAGCAAUAAAUAAUAACUAUUAUUCAAAUUAGAAUAAAGGAUCAAAGAUGUAUUAUUUUUUGCCAAAGCUACAAAUUGGUUUAGGAUAUGUCCAUUAUGACUGUGGUCAGCUGUGCAUUAAUUAUGGGCAUUAGUAUGCAGAUAGAUUAGUGCCAAAUUAUGUAAAUUAGUUAUAUUGGCACUAAUAUACUGUAUCUCCAUACAAACACAGAUUUACCAUUGGGUUUCCAUGGUGACUAAUGAAUGGCUAAUAUACUGUCUAAAAGGUCAACAGGGAAGCCGGUCACUACAAACGCUCACUGACUUUUACACUGAGCCAUUAGGAAGUUGAAUGCUGGGUAGCCACCCUAAGCCUGGUAAAGUAAAUUGAUUUCUCCAUACCUUACCAUAUUUCUACACACAACAGAAAAACGAGAGUCAAAAUUAAAAUGGUUUUAUUUUGUUUUCUUUGAAGAAGGAGCAAAUAAAUGAAACUUGUACUGCCUCACAAAAUGUUCCAUAUCUCUUAACAGACAUGUGGAGUUGCUGUCUCUAUUAGAAAAAACGCAAAUACAUUGUCUCGCUCUAUGAAAUAUAAGUGCAGUAUUAUGCUUGUACCACAGUGUAGGUUCUACUACAGUUGCCCUUGAAUAUAUUAGCACCCUUGCACGAUUCACUAUUUCUUCUCAAAUAAGUUGAAAUUGAAAAUAGUUUCAUGUUCACACGUUUAUUUGUUUGGUUAAUAACUGCACAGGACCAAGAUCAUUUUUAAAGGUCCAAUGCAACCGUUUUUAUUGCAAUAUCAAAUAAUUUCUGGGUAACAAUUAAGUACAUUGUUUUCAAUUUAAAUGGUUGAAAAUAAACAAAAAAUGUAUUCUUAGCAAAGAGCAAUUUAUCAAGAAAGAAUUUUGUUUGCUAGGACUGUCUUAGAGUGUGAAGGGGAAAAGUGAAAACUAACUGUUACUAGCAAAAAGGUUUGGAACUCUUUUGUCUUAUUGGUCUAUUAACUAAUUUACUGCAUGGUUAUGUCACCAGGCAGGCCAAAACUCCAUCCCACCAAAAUAGACUGAAAUUUCAGGCGAUCUUUUCAAACAGCUCUUAUACUAAAAGGGCAUUAUAAUUUUUACAAUUUCACAGUAUUAUUCCAACCUCAUACUGAGGAAAUAUAUAUAAAACACAGGGAAAUCAUGUUUUUGACUGCACUGGGCGGUCAAUUAGAAUUACAAAACUGAAUUGAGAUUUUUCACUUCAAAUGGCCUGGAAUAAAUUACUCACAAUUCUAAUUAAUUUGGUUGGAGGCAGGAGAUUCUCGUUUACUGUGUAAUUGAUGUAAUCUGUGGUAAGUAGCAGGGUAAAAAUAGCUAUUCAACCAGUUUUGAAAAGAUCCAUUCUGAUCCAUUUAUUGUAAAGUUUAAGGGUGCCAAUAGCACAACUGUUUAUGCCACCACAAUGAAAGCAGUUCUGGUGUAAACAUAAAAAUAGAAUUACUAGAACUGGACAUUCCCAUUCUUUCAGUCUCUAUUUCUAUGGGUGUGUCCACAGCAACAGAGUCAACCAAGGUCUCAGAACAGAUUCUAUAACAUUUAUCAUCUUCAUACUUCCUCAAUCUGACUGUGGUGUAGUCCAUGUGAAAACCGCCUCGGAUACACAGUAUUCAGCCACUGUGAGUCAUAUGUGACUUCUCUGCUACUGUCGAUAAGAUUGAGAUACAGAGAGCUGAGAUGUGACCAAACCAGUGUCUUCAGUACAUACUUGACUACUGUACCUGUGUGGUAGUCCUAAUCGGAUACACAGUAUUCAGCCACUGUGAGUCAUAUGUGACUUCUCUGCUACUGUCGAUAAGAUUGAGUUACAGAGAGCUGAGAUGUGACCAAACCAGUGUCUUCAGUACAUACUUGACUACUGUACCUGUGUGGUAGUCCUAAUCGGAUACACAGUAUUCAGCCACUGUGAGUCAUAUGUGACUUCUCUGCUACUGUCGAUAAGAUUGAGUUACAGAGAGCUGAGAUGUGACCAAACCAGUGUCUUCAGUACAUACUUGACUACUGUACCUGUGUGGUAGUCCUGCUAACAUCUAAUGUGAAGUCUUCCUGACUUCAGAGUCUGGAAAGGCUGUUUUGAUGUUGUCAGCACCAUGCGUUGAUAAUUAAGGGGGCUGUGCUUUUACUGGUUGGCUCUCCUCCGUGUCUUUCUCACUCAAACACCCACAUGCACAGCCACACACAGCCCACUGAGCACAGCCCCCCUUCAAUUACAACUGUUGGAAUUUCAAAUCCAAACAAUGAGAGGUCUCAACUCCCCAGGAAAAAAUAAUCGAACAUUUGAGAGUACCAAUUAAUGCGUCCACUCAAUUUCUGAGCAAAUAUUGCAUGUACAACGGAAUCCUGUCCAGACCAGUGUGUCACCCAGGGCCGUCAUACCUUUGCUCAAGACCAAACAUUUAAAGUAGGCUGAACAAAUGUACUAAAAUCAUUAAAAUCCCAAUUAAAAUGCAUAGCAGAGACCAGCGACAGUGUCAGUCUGCUUUGCCAGUUAGUGCAUCAGAUUGCUUUGAAAUUGAUGUCGGCAUUUGAACUCGGCCUUGUAUACUUUGUUGUAAUCUGAUAGCCAUGUGUUCAUUUAAUUGGGAAUUGGGAGGUGAGGGAUCCCUCAUUUUUGGUGACCAUUCGAAACCAAAAUCUAUUUUAUUGCUAAAAUAUAGGCUGUGAUAGCUGUAAUACAUUUCCACCUCUCACUCGGUCAGUUUUCCUCGAUUAAAAGGAGAUACUCUUACAGAUCAAUCUUGAUUGCAAAAUGUCAUUAAAUAUUGCUAAGUUAUUUAGCUAUAGUAUGAAUUAAGUUUUUUUGUAUAAUAAAGUAUAAUAGUAUAAGAGUAUAAAUGUAUAAUCACCCAUACAGUGCAACUAAUAGCAGAUAGACAAGCUGGCCCGCUCCAGCCGUUACCACGAGCUCAUCCUCACCAAAUAAGGUGCCACCAACCACCUCCGUGGUUGCAAUCAAUAUUAUCGGAGCCGCCUGGUCGAUACAAAACGUUUCAAUAUUCUCGGAGCCGCUUUGUUCGUUGAUACAACGCUUCAAUAUUCGCAGAAUGUUUGCCUUCCCUGGCGAAAAAUGCAAGUGCGACAAUGAGCUGGGGCACCCUCGAGGAACAUCUCUGAAUGCAGCACAAUGAGCGCACGAAACAAUGCCACUGUCAUGGUAGUCCUAUGCGCCGUUCCACAAGGGUGGCUUCAUAUAUAACCUUACAUAAGACAGGCAAAAUCAAAAGGAGGGUGGAUGGGCGAGUCGUUGAGAGUUUGAAUCUCAUCACAGAUAACGUGAAUGUCUAGUAACCCAAAGGUUGCGAGUUUGAAGCUCAUCACGGACAUUUUUAGCAUUUUACCUAAUUAGCAACUUUUUAACUACAUUUAGCUACUUGGCAACUCAGUACAGAAAGGCAUAGUGGAGCUCCAUGGCUUGGUGCUGAAUGGACAGCCUUCUGUCUAGAGCCAGCUUUAUAAUUAUUUCGUUUGUGUGCAGUGUUGUGGGCACCAUGAUGUUUUAAUAAAUAUCUUUAUUUUGCAUUCAAGCCUCAGUUUUUGAUUUAUUCCUUUUUUCAACAGUGUGUGGGUUUCCAUCUCCAGUUGGUGGGCACUUAGACAUUUUUGGGCACUGUAAGGUAGCCUACAAUACAUUAUUGAAAAUCAUAACUGGCACGCAGCUCUUUAGAAAUGGUAGGAUGGUAAAGAUACCUGAUUAAUAAAAAAUGACUCAAGUAGAAGUGAAAGUCACCCAGUAAAAUACCUCUUGAGUAAAUCAAGUCUAAUAGUUUUUGGUUUUAAAUAUACUUAAGUAUCGAAAGUAAAUGGAAUUGCUCAAAUGUACUUUAGAGUCAAAAGUAAAGUACAAACCAUUUCAAAUUCCUUAUAUUAAGCAAACCAGAAGGCACAAUUAUUUUAGAUUUUUUUUAUUGGCAGAUAGCCAGGGGCACACCAACACUCAGACAUUAGUCCACCAGAUCAGAGGCAGUAGGGAUGGCAAUGGAUGUUAUCUUGAUAAGUGUGUGAAUUGGAUCAUUUUCCUGUCAGGGUAAAUGUAUGGAGUAAUAAGUACAUUAUUUUCAUUAGGAAUGUAAGUGAAGGAAAAGUAAAAGUUGGCAAAAAUAUAAAUAGUCAGAUAAAGUGCAGAUAACCCAAAAAACGACUUAAGUAGUACUUUAAAGUAUUUUUAAUUAUGUACUUUACACCACUGUAUUUUGUAUGGUAUGUAUUCAUUUGUGGAUGUCCACCACCCAUUUCGUAUGAUAUUUUAGUAAUUAUAAUUCGUAUGUUACAAAUUUGCAAAAUGUACAAAAUAUGUCACGAAGUGGCUAACAUCAGGUGGCUAACAUCAGCUAGCUCUCUAGUGUUAUGCAUUUGUAGAUUUUCCUUUUUGUGUUUCGUUAUUUUCGUCAUUCUUUGGUCAAGUGUUGUUUGUCUUCCUGCGUCGUUGUCGAUUGUAGGCCUAAGUAGGUCCUUUGAUGUAGGCUAUGCCUUUUCUUUCAAUGCAGGGUAGGAUUUAUCUGGCAUAGUUUGCAUUUGCGGUCAGCUGUUUUAUGCACAGGUUACUUUCACGUUUGAUGUUGGCAUUGUAAGUCGGCCUUGCAGUGACUUGUGUAUUAUGCCUCUAUUUCAUGUUCACUGUAUUCGUUGUUCCACUAGUAAAUGUUUAAAUUCAUGAUGAGGUUGAGUAGUGGUUGACAUUGCAGCCUAUUUUGUUGUUGUUGUUUUUUUUGUUUUUUUUGCUGUUCUCCAAAUAGCAUUUUAGAGUUUUUCAAUUGUGUAGAAAUGUAAUAAAUGAGCUUCAACCUCCUAAAAAAAAAUCAUACUUUGCCAUAUCCUAGGUUUAGCUGAACUGACACCACUGGUGUCACAGCUCUUCCUGGACUGUGUCAAGUCAGUCAUGUCAGCCAGGGUACCUGUGUGGAGCCAUACUAGUGCCAAAAGAAAUGAGAUUUUAAUUCAAUAAUUUUGAAUUUGUAUUCAGAAAAUGAAUUUGAGUUCAAUAGUUCUGAAUUUGUGUUGUACAAAUUGAAUAUGCCUGACACUUACUCUAUCACUAUGAAUUGAAAGCCCAUCAUGGGCUUGUCUAUAUUUAGUAACAGAGAGUGCUGUCAUAUAUCCAGUCAGCCAACUUCAAGAUGAUCCAAUUUUGUAGUAUUGAACUGCAAGCCUACAACUGCCUCAUGCCACCAGCUGUUGUUAAUUCUAUUAUAUUUAUAUCUGCACAAAAUACUUUUAUCAGGCUGUAUUUUUUUAAAUCAACUCAUCUAUUCCUUUUGUAUUGAAUUACAUUUAGUAUUGUUGUCACGCCCUGGUCUAUAUUUAUUAUGUUUAUCUUCAUUUAUUGGGUCAGGCCAGGGUGUGACAUGGGUUUAUUUGUGGUGUGUUUCGUCUUGGGGUUUUGUGGGGUGUAUAGCAUAGUCUAUGGCUGCCUGGGGCGGUUCUCAAUCAGAGUCAGGUGAUUAUCGUUGUCUCUGAUUGGGAACCAUAUUUAGGUAGCCAUAUUCUUUGAGUAUUUUGGGGGUGUUUGUUCCUGUCUCUGUGUCUUCACCAGAUAGGACUGUUUAGGUUUUCACGUUUCCGUUUUGUUGUGUUUUGUAUUGUUCGUGUUUUUUCGUUCUUCAAUAAAUAUGUCUCAAAAGUA